GUUAUACCAUCUUUUUUUUUUUUUUAUCUUUUCUGUAUCCAUCAUGUCUAUACUAGAUAUAAGUUCUACUUUGAACUCUAGUAAUGAAGAUGAUAUCAUCAGUUUAUUUAAACUCAUCGAGAAAGAUCCUACUGUACUAUCUUUGGAUGACAAGUCAACAUUAGUGGAUUCUCUUUUGACACAAUUGAUGAAAGCUAAUUGGUCAGAACAAACCAAAACUGUUGGACUACAAACACUCAAACUAUUAGGUCGAACAAUUGAAGGUUCAGAAUCUCUUUUUUCUGAAAAGGGUACCAAAGUAUUAUUGAAGAUGUCUGGAUUAGAUUCAGUAGAUACAUUUCAAGAUACUGUGUUAGCACAUGAAGCCCUCAAAUGUUUAGCCAAUUGCAUUUUACUUGAUGAAAAAACAAAAUUAUAUUUAGAAAAUAAUAAUGGUGUAGCCAACUGUGGACGUCUUCUUCAAAUCAAAUCAAAUUAUACCAUGGAUGUUCAAUUCUUGAUUUGUCGUAUUUUAUUUUUCAUGACUGUUAAUCGUUGUGAUAUCGUGAAACAAUUAAUGGAUUAUGACAUUGCUCAAUCUACGGAAAAGAUUUUAUUAGAAAAUGUACAAAAGAUCAAGACUGGAGAAAACUUGAAUAUGUCUGCUCCUAUCAAUCCUGUUUCAGUGGUUAAUGAAGCUUUGAAAAUGUUAUUCAAUAUGAUGUUAGCUUAUGGUCGACAACAACAACAACAACAAUCAUCAUCAUCUUCUUCUAUCUCAGCACCUGAAUAUUUUAGUCAAUGUCUUUUACCUAUUUUUCAAAUCAUCUUUCAAAUACCACCUCCUCAACCAUUACCAUUAUCACCACCCCAUUCGCAUGCGAUUCAUGCUCUAAUGCAAUAUCCAUACUCAGUCAUUCUGCAGAUCUGGCGCGAACACAAUAAUGCGAUUUUCAAUUCACCUGACCUUACAGUGGAACAAGGACGUGCGUUUGUGACCAAGAAAAUGACGGAACUGUUACAAGAAUCCUUGAUGUUUUUGAUACCCAAUGAUGAUCCUGAUGAACAAGGACCUCCUGAUCGACAACAAUAUAACGUUGAUGCUAUCUUAUCUCCCAUUAUUCUUGUCAUACGAAAUCUGGCUCAUGGUGAUAUUCAUCUACGACCUUUGAUUGCCAAUGCUUUAUUACCUCAACAAAGGUAAAAAAAAAAAAAAAAAAAAAAAAAAAA